AGAAACCUCAUUCCAGCUCCCACCUUUGCUUCGGUCUCGAAGCCAUCCUUUAUCUACCCUCGCCGGCAGGAUGGGGUUCAUUUCUAAUUGUAUUCCUCUCCAGAAGUAUUCAGAAUGGCUCUUGAUGUAGCUGCCAUGGCUGCCAGGGCUCUAUCCAGUGCUUGUUUUGCCAGCCAACUACAGGCAAGUUCAAAUUUAUGUGUGCUGGAUUUACGACCGAAUCUGCAGUAUAGGCAGAGCCAUAUCCAGGAUGCCAUUAGCCUUUCCUUAUCGAAUCUUUUGCUGAGGCGAGUGGCUGCUAACGGUAUUGGCAUAUUACCAGGAUACGUCAAGGAGCGCUUGGCCAGAGCUUCAACUAUUGUGCUGUAUGACGCCGAGACAGAAGAUGUCGAGCGCUCAGCGGAUCAAAAAUCGGCCCUGAAGGUCAUGUUGGAAGCUGUUCAGGCAGUCGCCAUGUCCGUUUACUUUCUCUGUGGUGGAUUCAGUUCAUUUCAGAGUGCUUAUCCAGACUUGUGCAAAGUUGUUGCAGCAGAGAACGCAAGCAGUGGCAGCAGUACACACGGAUUGGCCGCAACGCAGGCUCAUCCCCAUUACCACCCUAGCGCUCCGAGUGCGCCUGCUGCCGGCUUCGCUCAGAGCCACCCGUUGCAGUGCAGGAAUGCUUCCAAUCUCAAUCUGCGUCUGCCCAGUGGUCGGGCUUGUGCCAAGUCAUCGGCGGAGGAAUUGCUGAGUGAGACGAAAUCGCCUGCGCAGCUUGCCCCUCACAUGUUCCUGGGCAGUAUCGAUCAUGCGUCUGACUCUGAGCUGAUUACAAGUCUAGGUGUAACGGCGGUUCUAAAUGUGUCGACGCAGUGCAAGAACUACUUCUCCGACAGAUUAAAAUAUAUGCAGAUCCCCGUCGAGGACAAGAUAAACUCGUCUCUGAUGCCCUACUUUCAACAGGCAGCUGACUUCAUCGAAUCGGUGCGUGAAGCCAAUGGCAUUGUCCUGGUUCACUGUGUAGGCGGCGUGUCUCGCUCACCCACGGUCUGUAUAGCGUACUUUGUGCUCAAGCACCUAAUGUCGGUGGACGACGCGUACGCCCACGUCAAGAACCGGCGGCCCAUGAUGGAUCCAAACUUCAGCUUCAUGGGCGAGCUGCGAAUGCUGGAGAAAAGACUACGGCAAGAAGAUCACCAACUAAUGGCCGGCCAUGCUCCCCGCGUUUCGGGCUCGGCAACAGCAUAGGAGCCUGUACCCCCUCACCCCUCGUCCUAUGGUCAACCACAUGGAACUUUUCUUAAGGCUGUUACCAGUACCCUUUUUUUGGUCAAAACUCAAGCAAUUAUUAUUUGACGUAAUUCUGAAGAUAUGCAUGUUCAUUUCAGACCUAGCGCUGGCAACCAUUCCCGCUUAAUCUCAUAAGCAGCAAAUCUGUAGGUAGGCUUAGUCCGUCAUCUUUGUACUUGUUCUUUUUCACCAGCACCUCCGCUGAGCAGAGCUUUUAUCCAUCUAGUGUGUGUUUUUUUCGUAACCACAGACCUUCUUGGUUUAGCUGUAGUUGUCGUAGUUGCAUAGCAGACCUUCUUGGUUUAGCUGUAGUUGUGUCGUAGUUGCAUAGCAGACCUUCAGGGUUUAGCUGUAGUUGUGUCGUAGUUGCAUAGCAGACCUUCUCGGUUUAGCUGUAGUUGUGUCGUAGUUGCAUAGCAGACCUUCAGUUUAGCUGUAGUUGUGUCGUAGUUGCAUAGCAGACCUUCUCGGUUUAGCUGUAGUUGUGUCGUAGUUGCAUAGCAGACCUUCAGUUUAGCUGUAGUUGUGUCGUAGUUGCAUAGCAGACCUUCAGCUUGCAUUCUACUGUAGAUUGUGUAGUGUGCUGUGUGACCGAAAGUGCUCAAACUAAGAGAAUCGCUGACCCUAUCAUACUUCCAAGGCCUAUCAGGUUAUAUUUUAUCAUAGGAAAUAUUCUUUCAUUCCAUCAUCGUUUACCAUGAAUGAAUCAGGUAAAUAUACUGGA